CAGCGGAGGCAUACAUUGUGAAGUGCGUCAGAUCAUUUCACUGCUUACUGAACAGAGUACUGUUCAAACCAAACUCAAGGGCAACAACCUAUUUUUCUGGGCAUACCUCACCUUCAUCCAUACCCACUGUGUUAAAUCCCUGCACUUCCUCUUGGCAGUAUCUGCGUCAUGGCCAUCCAGUUCCUGCCAUUCGUGCAUGAUUCCCAGAAGGACCUAUCCGCCGGAAGCACUCUACCCAUCAAUGAUGGCCAAGAGAGAGAUCCCCACCAACCGCCUACAUUUGAUUCAGAGUCUUUGAAAAAUCCAUCCUCUACCAUCCUCUACCUUCCACCUCUGCUCUCCUCGUUACCCCCGGGUAUAGAGGUACCUAACAGUCGACCAGACAGACCACCAUUAGUUACGAAGACCCACUUACCUGACAUUGAUCCAGCAUCUCUGUCUUUGCAUAAAGCGCUUCAUCAUUUUCGUCCGCUAUCCAGCGAGUACGCCCGCCUGCCAUAUGCAGAAUCGUUCAACUGGCUAGAUCUGGACCUUCCACUAGACGAAGAACGCGAGUGGUAUGCUGUAGUGUUCCGAAGCAAGCGAAAGGCAGGGAGUGACAGCGAUGCUCUAUACGAAGCUGAUAGGAAGGCCCACGAAGAAGCUAUCUCGAAUGGUGGUCUCAUCAUGUACUGGUAUGGCAUGCCAGAUUCAGAAACUGGAUUAAACCUUGCUACAUGUAUUUGGCAAUCGCGAAGGCAUGCUCUUGCUGCAAAUUCACGACCGCACCACAUCCGAGCGAUGAAGCUCACCAGUGUCUCGUACGAAAUAUACGGUCUUGAGCGAUACCGUUUGUCAAAAGUCAAAGGGAAACAAGGUAUACGAGUGGAGGAGUUUAGUAUCGGUGCCGAGGUCGGAUGGUAGUAGCGCUGCCAUUUGUAGUCUUCCAUUCUACUUUCUCUCGCUGCGCAUUAGGGGCAGGACUGAUAACAGAAGUAUCACCAUCGCAAUAGGCAAAUAGAGAACAAUCCGGAUUUCCCACAUUCUACAUUCACCACUUUAUGACCUUUGUUCCAAGUUGCCCCAGGAAUGGGGAAAUGGGGCCUCGAAGACGGGUCAUACCCACGAGGCGUGGUGGUUUGAGGUGCUCGCCUUCUCCCCGGGGGGGUGAACACCUGGAUCUGGCAUCGUUCGUCGUUGCUUGGUAAAAUGUCUUGACGGGCGGGCAGUCAUGAAUUCACAAGGUUCCGCCAGCACCACCGGGCGUUCGUCAGGCAAAGCUCUCUCCGAGCUAG